UGUACCAUCUUUGAAGUCUUCUCCCAUGGUGUGUGCCAUGGAAGGAGAGGAGGAGCUCAUCAAGCCCAUCACCGGUCUCUUCCUCAUCCUUGUCCUCUCCUUCCUCCUCUUCUUCGUCAGGCCCCGUAGGCGGCUUCGCCUCCCGCCAAGCCCAAUCGGCCUGCCCAUAAUUGGCCACCUUCAUCUCCUUGCACCGAUCCCACACCAAGCUCUCCACAAGCUCUCCACUCGCCAUGGCCCCUUGAUCCACCUCCGACUUGGAUCCGUCCGCUGCGUGGUGGCCUCAUCCGCCGCGACCGCCAAAGAGCUCCUCAGAACGCAUGACUUGUCAUUCUCCGACCGCCCUCCUUCCAAGGCCGUGAGCUACCUCACCUAUGGCUUAUCUGAUUUCUCCUUCGCGCCCUAUGGCGCGUACUGGAGGUUCAUGAAGAAACUGUGCGUGUCUGAGCUCCUCGGUGGCCGAACCCUCGACCAACUCCUUCCCAUCAGGCGCGAAGAGGUCGUGGCCCUCGUGCAAACCUUGCAUGACAAGUCCCAGGAAAGGCGAGCUAUUGACAUGGGAGGCGAACUCAUAAGGUUCACAAACAAUGUCAUCUCCCGGAUGACGAUGAGCCGCAGGUGUUCGGGCUCGGAAGGGGAGUCUGGGGAGGUCAGAAAGCUGGUUGAGGAGAUCUCCGAGCUGACGGGCAAGUUUAACUUGGCUGAUUACAUCGGACUCUGCAAGAACUUGGACUUGCAAGGUUUUGACAGGAGGCUUGAGGACGUCCGCCGGAGGUUCGACGGCAUGAUGGAGAAGAUCUUAAAGGACAAGGAGGCGGCGAGGGCAAAAAGGACGGAAAUAGGAGGUGGAGCGAAGGAUUUGUUGGAUAUGUUGAUUGAUAUAUCUGAGGAUGCGAGUGCAGAGGCGAGGUUGACCAGAGACAACAUCAAAGCUUUUAUUUUGGAUAUCUUCGUUGCUGGCACCGACACAUCGGCGAUCACAAUGGAAUGGGCGCUGGCAGAGCUCAUCAACCACCCGGAGAUACUGCACAAGGCAAGAGAAGAGUUGGACGCAGUCGUCGGCAAGAACAGGCUGGUGGAGGAGUCCGACAUACCCAACCUGCCUUACCUCCAAUCCAUCGUCAAGGAAACGCUGAGGCUGCACCCUACAGGCCCACUCAUCUUACGACGAUCCAACAACGACAGCAAGAUCGACGGGUACGAUGUACCGGCGAACACGACGGUGUUCGUCAACGUGUGGGCCAUCGGAAGAGACCCCGAGCGCUGGUCCGAUCCACUCGAGUUCUACCCAGAACGAUUCAUGGAGAAGAAGGGGGAAGAGGCCAUGGAUGUUAGAGGGCAGCAUUUCGAGCUAAUACCGUUUGGAAGCGGAAGGAGAGGCUGUCCUGGGGCUUCUUUGGCCUUGCAACUCGUCCAGUCUACGGUAGGAGCGAUGAUACAGUGCUUCGAGUGGAAGGUUGGUGACGGUGGAACGGUGGUGGAUAUGGCGGAAGGGCCAGGCUUGACGCUUCCGAGGGCGAAACCAUUGCGGUGCACGCCGCUGUCACGCCUGAAUCCGCUGCCAUUGCCCUCGAUUCCUGCUGCUACUUCACUGUGUUCUUGAUGAAUCAACAGGAAAAAAAGAACAUCUUUAUUUGCUCGAGGGAGGGUCAUAAAGUUGCAGUUGUAUGAAUCCCACCUGCAGUAAAUCGAGUCAGGAAGAAACCGAGACAUUACUUUC